CUCUAGAGGGCGCUGCCGAAAGACCGGGCGCAGAAGGAACGCGAAGAGGAAACGCGUUAAAUUUGGGCACCGCCGCUGCCCGUAGCCGGCGUCCUCAACAUGGCGGCUCCCCAAGAUGUCCACGUCCGUAUCUGUAACCAAGAGAUUGUCAAAUUCGACCUGGAGGUGAAGGCGCUUAUCCAGGAUAUUCGAGAUUGUUCAGGACCAUUAAGUGCACUUACUGAACUGAAUACUAAAGUGAAAGAGAAGUUUCAGCAGUUGCGGCACAGAAUACAGGAGCUUGAGCAGUCAGCUAAAGAGCAAGACAAAGAGUCGGAGAAGCAAGUUCUGCUCCAGGAAGUGGAGAAUCACAAAAAGCAGAUGCUCAGCAAUCAGACCUCAUGGAGGAAGGCUAAUCUCACUUGCAAAAUUGCUAUCGACAAUCUAGAGAAAGCAGAACUUCUCCAGGGAGGAGACCUCUUAAGGCAAAGGAAAACCACCAAAGAGAGCCUGGCCCAGACGUCCAGUGCCAUCACGGAGAGCCUCAUGGGGAUCAGCAGGAUGAUGUCCCAGCAGGUCCAGCAGAGCGAGGAAGCCAUGCAGACUCUAGCCAAUUCUUCCCGGACUAUCCUGGAUGCAAAUGAAGAGUUUAAGUCCAUGUCAGGGACCAUCCAGUUGGGACGGAAGCUUAUCACAAAAUAUAAUCGCCGAGAGCUGACGGACAAGCUUCUCAUUUUCCUUGCCCUGGCCCUUUUCCUUGCUACGGUCCUCUAUAUUGUAAAAAAGCGGCUCUUUCCAUUUUUGUAAGAUCUAGAAUUACCAGCUUUUGCCCUUUAAGCUCCAGUGUCAGGAUCUGUCCAUGCUCCUGAGCUCUGGCCCCAGCUGCCAAACCAUUGCACACCUCUGUGGCCUGCUCCACUUGCUCAGCAGGUGGAUUGCAGACCCAGCCUCCCAGCUUUCUGUAGGCAGCUGGUUAGCCUAUGAAGGGUGAGUAGAGCAAGGGGAGUCCUGUCAUCAGGACACCUGCAGGACACAGGGACUCCAGGAGCCAUCACACAGUGUGUGUGGCUGUCACAUGGGGCAUGCAGAGGCCAGCCUUCAGGAUUGGAUCCUCCUCUCUCCCCUUCUCCUGCUGUAGCCUUAAUGCCAGAUCUGGCGGAAGGAAGAGAGAAGUGGGGAGAAGGAUAAGGAAAACUAAGGCCCAUUCCUUGAAUAAACUUGACUCUAUUUAAUAGAAUGAAAUGCAUGUGGAUUUAUAAUGUAUCCUUCUGGGAAUUUGUGUCCUGUUUUUGAUGUCCAGAUUUCUAGAACAUCAACUUAAGAUCAUUUAUUUGUUUAUUCAACAAAGGAUUAUUAAGCAACAGCCACAUGCAAUGUAUUAUAGACGUUGCUGACCGUUACAAAUACUUGGUAAAGCA